GCGGCGGACUCGCCUGCGAGCAUUUCAUCGUUGCUCCCAGUUAGGGUUUGGUUUGCAUACUGACCUGCUUCCAUGCCCGCUGCGAGGUCCAUGCCCUAUCACCUGCUGGAUACUGCUGUGGUUUGAUCCUGGUUUGCCGGUGCUAUCAUCACUGAGCUACGAGAUUCGGGUUUCUCACGGUUAGCGAGUGGGCUUGAGUCAAGUUAUUGAGAAAAUACUGCGGGAUGUCUGGAUUGAAUUCUGGUCUCGGAAUCCUGGGAUGGCUCUGGAUGGACAUAUGUGAAGAACUGUACCCUGGCGUGUUCUGUUUUCCACGGAAUUAUUGGGUGAUUAGCACGACAUAGGGUUACACUACUUUUUCUCCACUUCGGGUGCAUUUUGACGUGUACUUAUGCCUAGCUUUAAGCAGACGUAAGCAGGUUUCGAGAGUGCAGCAGAGAUACCAACUCGCGUUUGGUUGAUUCUGCCCACGUCGAUAUGAAUCGUAACGUUAACAAGGAUGAAAAUCAACCGGAUGUUGUUGUCACCAAGAAAGCUUUUAAUCUGGCAUGUUCAUGGGUUCAGAAGAUGUCUGGAGGAGCUGAUUUCAACGUGGAAGAAGAGUCUAAAGGUUUGCCUGAGGAUGGCAUUCCCGAUGUUCGGCCACUGAGGCUAGGAUUAGGGGCCAAGUAUCUCUCACAUUCGCAAGCCAAUCAUGUAAGCAGUCAAAUCGACCGUAAACUUAGGGCUAAGUUGGUGCCUAUGUCUAAGACCGCGUCGGGUUAUCCGAGAGGCCAGAAGGAGAGAAGUAAUUUCAGGGAAGAAGCGGAAGUGGGCAAUAACGUUGACGAGGACGAGGACGAGGACGAGGAGGACGAUAGCCGCACUUCAAUUUUUAAGAAGAGGUCCUGUGCGGAUGUCAGACCCGCAUUGAUAUACUCAGACACAGUUUCUAUAAAGAAGAAGAAAAAGGGGAAUUAGUUCUAAUGCAUGUGAAGUAAGGGGUUACAUGAAUAGAUUUGUAUAGAAAGCAGGAUUGCAACAAGCCAAGGCUGAAUAGGGACCGCAAGAACGUCUGUAUUUUACAAGAUGUUACAUGCAUGGAAUGUGUUGAAUGCGAUA